CACUGAACAUCUUGAGUAGUUUAGAGCCAGUCCACAGCAACGUUAAAGGAGAGAAAGCAGAGGAGGCGUGUGUAUGCAUGUGUGUGUGCAUCUGUGCAGUGAGAGUAAAAGCACAGUGACUACUACUCUUUUUGCAGAGUGUCGGUGGCUCAGUGUGUGUGUUUGUGUGCGUGUGUGUGUGUAUGUGUGAGAGAGAGAGACUAAGAAGCGGAGCACGUGUGUGUGUGUGUGUGUGUGUUGUUGAAGGAGAUGCUGCGGGGUGUGAUGGCUCUUUUGCGUUAGUAUUUGAGCGGACAGGAGAGUUGAAGGCAGUUGUUUUGUGGGACUCGCAGGGAAUGGCAAACUCCAUGGUAUCCUUGGAAACCUCCGACUAAAUGACAAUGGCUGAGGCUAUCUGCUGCACUUUGGUGAACUGUAACUGUGACAGCUUCAAGUCGGGGAAGCUAAAGAGGAGGCAAUGUGAAAACUGCAAGCAUGGCUGGGUGGCACACGCCCUGAGUAAACUGAAGGUGCACCACAUGUACCAGAGCAGCCAGGUGGAGAUCGUGCACUCCAACGUGGUGUUUGAUAUCUGCAGCCUGAUGCUGUACGGCACCCAGGCCAUCCCCAUCCGCCUCAAGAUCCUGCUGGACCGCCUGUUCUCCGUGCUCAAGCAGGAGGAGGUCAUCCAGAUCCUCAACGCACUGGACUGGACCCUGCAGGACUACAUACGGGGAUACGUGCUCCAGGAUGUAGCAGGGAAGGUGCUGGACCGGUGGGCCAUCAUGACGUUCGAGGAGGAGAUUGCCACACUGCAGCAGUUCCUGCGUUUUGGCGAGACCAAGUCCAUAGUGGAGCUGAUGGCUCUGCAGGACAAGGAGGGUCAGGCAGUGUUGGUUCCCAGCACCCGCACCAACUCAGACAUCCGCACUUUCAUUGAGCGCAACACCCCACACACUGCAGCCAACCUCUCCACAUCCAAAGUAGAUAAGCUGAGCACCAACAGCAUGCACCACUUUGAGAACUUUGUCAACAGCAUGGCCUUUAUGCUGCCCUUCCAACUGUUAGGCUCUGUUCCUGCUCCGUUUCUGGGCUCACCAACAGGGGCCCAGUCGCACCACCAGCAACACCAGCAACACCAGCAGCACCAGCAGCAGACUCAGAGACGAGAUGAUCAGGGUCGGGAUGGUCUAGGAAGGGACAAUCCCCUCCCGCUUUCCCAUCCUCCAGAGAGCAGCCUGCUAGGUUCCAGCUCUGUCUCAUUCACUGCUGAUCUGGACCAAAGUGGAGACAAGCCGAUGGACAGCCUCUCCACCACCACAAAGAUCGAGGCAGAGGACUUCUCCACUAGUGACAACUACUCGGAUGGGCCAUCCACGCCGUGCACACCCUCCAUGAGCUCUGACGUAACCCAGAUGUCACCCGAGGGCAAGCUGCGCUCUUUGGACAGGAAUGGGUGUGGCGGUGGAGGAGUCUCGGGAGGAGGUGGGGGAGGAUGCUCUUUGAAGAAAGGUCGGGUAUUUUGCAACGCCUGUGAGAAGACAUUCUACGACAAAGGCACGCUGAAAAUCCACUACAAUGCAGUGCACCUGAAGAUUAAGCACAAGUGUACCAUCGAGGGCUGCAACAUGGUGUUCAGCUCGCUGCGCAGUCGCAAUCGCCAUAGUGCCAACCCCAACCCACGGCUACACAUGCCAAUGAACCGCAACAACCGGGACAAAGACCUGCGGGGCAGCUUGUCUGGUGAUGAGAGCUCGCAAGGAGAGAAGAGAUCUGAAUAUGGAACCCCCAUCCCUGUCUGUUCUGCAGAAAGCCAUAAGUCAGUGCCCAGCUACAUGGUGAGCCAUGUCGACACUGGCUCGAAACUCCACAGCAGCUUGUUCCCCAGCAUGGGCCAGAGUGGCAUCCUCUUCCCUAACUUAAAAACAGUACAGCCAGUCCUGCCUUUCUACCGCAGUCUGGUAACUCCGGCAGAGCUUGCCAACACCCCAGGUACACUACCCUCCCUACCUCUGUUAUCCUCCUCGGUACCUGUCAAACCCAUCACGGCCCCCGAUAACUGCAUUACAGACCCCAUACCAAAGAAAAAGUCUAGGAAGUCAAGCAUGCCAAUAAAGAUAGAGAAGGAAGUGAUAGAGCGGGAUGAGGAAAUGGACAAGGGGAGCAGCUCUGAGGACGAGGCUCCUUUACAGGACAGGAACAAGGAAGAUUGUGACGGACGCCGAGCAGAAGGGCAUAUGUGCGCAAGACAAGCUAGGGAGCAGAGGCAGGAAAGAGGGGCUUUCAUUAGGGAAGAGAAGGAAAGGGCGGGCGCCAAGCAUCUGUUGGACCAAUCCUUAGACACAGAAAUGACAGCAAGGGAGGACAAAGAUGAUGAGCAAAGGCAAGUUGAAACAGGGGUCAUCACUUCUGCACCCUCCCCCUUCCAAGACAUACUGAUGGAGAAUCACUGUGACAACAACUUACACUGUCAGGAACCAAAUGGCAAUGAAGAAAGGGAGGACAGGGAGCUCAGAUGGGACGAGGGUGAGCACAGGCUGACUAACGGGGGCGGUCUCCAGCUCAUAGAGCGCCAGAGAGAGGGAUUGGGAUUGGACAGCUGUGUAGACGAUAACAGUGACUCAGGUAUGUCUCACCUCGACCCCAACGCUGACCUGCCACACCACUGUGAGAUCUGCAGUAAGACCUUUAAGAACCCGUACAGCGUCAAGAUGCACUACCAAAAUGUCCACCUGAAGGAGAUGCACAUGUGCACCGUGGACGGCUGCAAUGCUGCCUUCCCCUCCCGCAGGAGCCGAGACAGACACAGUGCAAAUUUGAACCUACACAACAAACUGCUGACCAAAGACUCAUUCAGCCCAGCCAACACGCUAUACUUGCCCUCAUCCCACUGUAGAGACAGAGCCUCUGUUGGCCGGGACUACUACCAAGACCAGCGGGACAGAGAUCUGCCCCAUCGAGACCCAACUAGCCAAACCUCUGUCAUCUUCCGAGGACACAAUCGCAUGGGUCUGGUCUUCCCAAUGAGCAAAAUGUCUACUGCACCAACCAGUGCUGAGACAUCUCCCUUAGGAGAAAUGGAGGGAUUAGGAGUAGGAGAAGGGGGUGGAAAUGGGGACGAAGGGGCAGUCUUGGACCUGAGCACUUCCUCCUCGGCCCCACCUCGUGGAAGCAGCAGUGCUCGAUCUUCCUGGGACUCAGAUGGUGCCGGUAGUGAGGAAGGGGAAGGGAUUGAAGAGGAUGAGGAGGCUCUCCCCAUGGAGGACAGUGAUGAAAGCUGCGAUGGGAUCGGCAUGGGGAGGCCUGGGGGCGAGGAGUUGGUACUCGGGGAAGAGAGGACCCUGGGCUGCAUAGGGGGAGGACAAGGCGGGCUUCAGGGAGGCGGGGGUGGAUCUCCCAUAACCUGCCACGUCUGCCAAAAGGUCUACAGCAACAAGGGGACCUUCAGAGCCCAUUACAAGACUGUCCAUCUGCGGCUGCUUCACAAGUGCAAAGUCCCUGGCUGUGACACAUCCUUCUCUUCUGUGCGAAGCCGAAACAGGCACAGCCAGAACCCGAACCUUCACAGGAACCUAGCCGUUAGCUCAGGUGCCACGAUAGACCAGGAGUAGGGAUUUCAGCUCAUCUGCCAACAUGACAACAUAUGCGACAUUCCCUGGUUCUAAUUGUCAUUUUGUUGUUGUAGUUGUUGUUUUUGGGCACCUAAAGAAGGCUCACCAAUUAGCACUUUUUUAAAUUCCAUACCGUGGUCCAAUUCUUUUGUCAUAUUUUGGGAAAAAGAAGAGAAAAAAAUAAAGUACAAUAAGGAGUUCAUUUGUUGUGGCAAAUGCAUCUUCCUUUUGUAACACAUCAACGUGUAAAGCCUAACCGAAACAGACAGUACAUUAAUUUUCAACAUUGAGCACUGCAACCCUCCAGUCUUAAUCUUAUGUUUUAACACAGUACUGAUUUUUGUUUUGCAUUGGUUUGCCUUACGGCCCAGUUUAGACCUUACCAAGAUUAAUUUGUAUUAACUGAAUUUGUCCCUGUGUUGUCCAAAGUGAGAGUUGAUCCAUGAAACUGUUUCAUGCGAGUUAUUUCAUUCUGGUGUUUUUCUUGUCAGAUAUCCAUAUCUUCCCUGUGAAGCUGUGCAUAAUGUAUUGAUCAAAAGCAGUAGUGAAGUAACCUCUACACGUGUCAUUUUCAUUCAUUUGGACAAUAGUUUUCAAAAAUAGUCUUUGUUGAAAAGCUAUAGUGUUGUGAGCUUGACCAAUAAGUUAUUGUGUGGUAUUAUAUAUGAUCUGUCUUUACUGUUUAGGUUGUUGCAUACUGCUAAUAUUGACCAAAGAUUUUUUCAGCCCACAGGUGUGUCAGGAAACCCCUUCGAUGUGUGUGAAGGGUUUGCAGUAUUAAAAGGGCCCAUCCAAUCUUCUCUCAUCUACUUUGUGAUUAACAGCAGUAUUCAGGGGUGGGCUCUGUUGUAAGAUAAAACAGAAUUCACCCAAACAAAACAGAAAAAAACAGCUUUUGACUGAUCUGGGUGAAAAGAAUAUCUUGAUUUUGGUGGAGUUUUUGUAAAGAAAUCUGCUCAUGGGACUAGACUUGAUUAAGGUAUUGCUCUUGUAUUGUUUGUGUGGUUGCUUGCAGUAUCCUGACUGACUGGACAAACAGCAGGAAUAGAUUCUGUGUCUGGAGGCUAGAAGCAUGUACUGUGAAUAAGUCAAACACUGAGAAAUAA